GUGGCUACCUUGUGAUUGACAAGGCGCUACCAUGGCGACAACAUUGUUUACAUAAUAUAACCAUUGCAUAUAGGCGUAGCUACUGCUAUUUCACAGUGUGUUUUCUGUUCACUAAAGUUAACUGUAACAUUGUGAUCGCCUAAAAAAGUCUUUUCAGCAUUUGGUUUUAAUAAAAGACCCAUCACUGAAUCAGAUGAUAAGUUUUUCCGUUCUCACGCAACCUACGACACGCUCACAUCGCAAACGCUUACCUACCGCCCGUGCUCCAUGAUCCAAGUUCCUCGGCAACAUACCGCCCACGACUAGAUCCAGCAGUACCAACGUGAUAUCUCCUUCACCACCACAUCCACAUGGAACCCUUCUCCUCCAGAUGCCACGCUUCUGAUCAGCUGGGAUCCAGACGCUCCACAUGCGUCCACGCAAUGGCCCACUCGGACGCGGCUCUUUUCCAAGCGAUUAACAUCUUCAACCGGAUGUUUGCUCGCCUCCGGCGAGCUCUCAAGAAGACGGCCGUCCCACUCCUACGAAACGAUGAUAAAGACAAACUUUCCAACUCUAUGCAAACUCUACUUCCAUCAACCCUCUCACCAGCAGCUCAAAUCCUCUCGCUCUUCUGGGUUCAUUGUCUGCCGCCGGGCCAACGCACGCCUCACACCGAUGACGUCACACCGCCUACUGCAACAGAGCCCAGACUUCUUCAGCCCUGGCUGAAGGCCAGGCUGAACUCUGGAUACAAAUCCCGUUUCACCGAACUGACAACAAAGCCAGGUUCUUCCUGCUCCUCUCUGCCUCCACCUCCACCACUGCUCUGGAUGGCUGCUCACUUCCGGGUUCCCCGCCCAGCGCCACCUGUACGCCGCACGUUGAUGACGUCACGACACAGCCAACUGCUUCAGCCCUCUUGCAGGGCCAGGUCGUAUCUCCCCCUGUGCCUGCUCCCUCCCUGUCUGAUCUGUCUCAUGUUUUUUGUCUUUUCUCUCAUCCCCGUGUCCGCAGGCUGCACAAUCAACCCCCGCACAUGUAUCCCCUCAUCCUUUCCUCUUCCCUUCCUUCAGCUGCAGCUGCCUCUACGCUUUCGGCUCGACCCACUCCAGCAGCUCCUUCUUUUAUGUUUCUUUCCUCAGCCACCUCCAGUCCAGCCGUUACCACAGCAACAGUUGCACCAAGCCAAGAUGCUCCCUCCGAUGGGCCCACUCAAUUUCCUACUGUUCUAUCCCUGUUCCCCUCCCUUCCCCAACAUCCAAAUGUUUUUUCUGUGUCUUCAGCACUUUCACUCUGGCGUCCACCACUCCACCCCUCUAUGGCCUACAAAGCCAGGCUUUCCAGUUCUGCACAGCCUCCAGUUCCACCACCACUCCAGCUGACCACUCGCUUGCGGGUUCCCUACCCAGCGCCCCCCGCACUGGCACAUCGAUGAUUCCAUCCUGCCGCCACUAUGGCUCGGCAACAGACUGCUUCAGCCCUAGCUAGGGCCAAGUCAUAUUUCCUCAUGUGCCUGCUCCCUACAUCUUAAUUGCCUCAUGUUUUUGUUUCAUCCCUGCGUCUAUGAGCUGCACAUCUUACCACUUCACACGCAUCCCUUCAUCCCUCACCCCUCAUCC